AUGACCAUGUCCAAAAAGUUGUUAGAUGCCAAAGUACCGUUGAAAGAAGAUGAUAAUCAAGACUUGGCUUGGUUAAAUAUGAACUUGAAGUGGUAGGUGUUGCGUUAGACGGGACUUUACCCUUAAAUUAAUGCAUUCUACUAGAAAUCGUAUUCUAGCCUCUUAAAAAGUAGUAAAAACUUCUUUAAAACUGAACGACUUUAGGCCGCUAAUGUUUAACUACAUAUGGUUUUUUGGACUGUCCAUGGUUGGGUUAUUCAUGCCUUCAUUCACGUCAAGAUCUCCGUUUGAAAAGUUCGACUUCUUCAAACAGCUAGCCUAUUCGUUCGGCAAAGAAUGGGGAUUUUGUCAUGUAAGCCUGACCAAACUUCUGUAUUUUAUACUUCAUUUAGUAGACUGUUUAAAUAAUUCUGCGCCCUCAACCCAAAUACAUUAUAGAAUUUAGAAAGCACAGAAUUAUUUAAACAACAAUAUAUUUUUAGAACGCUGAAGCAGCUGUGCCUUCGCAAUACCUGUCAUUGUUGAGACAUACAGCGCUUUAUGUUUGGAAUAAUGUGUCACUGCGACUUGCUUGUUGUUUAUCAAUGCCAUUUCGUAUGGGGAACUGUUUUGUAAUACAGUAAGUUUAUACAGGUUUUGCCUGACAUAUAGAGCUGUUCAGUUACGGCUACUAGGCUUAGGAUUAGUAGGCUUUGGUUUAGUAGACUUAGGCUUAGUAAGCUUACGCUUAGUAGGCUUAGGCUUAGUAGGCUUAGACUUAAAACGCUUAAGCUUAGUAGGGUUAGCUUUAUUUGGCCUAGACUUGGUAGGCUUAGCCUUAGACUUACAUUAGUUAGCUUAAAUUUACAGGGAAGGUACCCGACCUCAGAUUUCGUUCAAUUUUUUUUAAUUGAAAGGUCACGUGAAUGUAAGAUCUUAUGCAAAAUUCUAAGUUGCGGUUUGCGGCCAGACUUGAGAAAAUCGAAAUCAAAAAACCGCGUUUUGAAUUUCCCGCCAAGUUGGCAUUGUGUUUCAAGAUUAUAACUUUGUCAGUUUUUGACUUUUAACUAUUUUUCUUUAAUAUAAUGAUAAAAAAGUUCUUAAUGUACCUACAAUUUUAAAUUUGUAAGCCUGUCUUAUCUGGAACAUCAAAAAAAGUGUUUGCAACACAAUGCCAAAUUGGCGGGAAUUUCAAAUAUUUAAUUUUUAAAACUUAAAAUCGCAAACUAAGAUUUUUUAUAUGUGCUACUGGUACUACAAAGAAUCCGUAUAAAAAUUUUGAGCUAUUUCUGAGAGUUACAGGUAGGGUACUUUCCUUGUUAGAACUUGUGAGCAACUAUGUAGUUUGUGGCAAGAUAACCAUGCCUAGCUUAUAAAAAUUAUUAUAGCUGUUACAUGAUGAUAUCUUGAGGAAAAACGGAGUAAAAUCCCAGCACUCGCAGUCAUUUGUUGGGUCGUUUUACACCGAGGCAAAUAUGAUAUAAAACCACAACAUUACAUAAGAAAACGUUGCGUAACACCAUUUCUUGCAAUUUCACUAAGGCUAUAUUGUUAUAAAAUCAAUACUAGGUCAUUGUGUAAAAAGUUCGUUUUUGUGAGGGGUUCCGCAACAUAACUAUAGGCUACGGCUAGAGCAAGAGUUAAAUUUAGGAAUAAGGCUAGGAUUAAUGCUAGCACUAUGACUAGAGCUCUGAUCUAUGCUAGGUUUCUGAGCUAGGGCUAUGUAGCAAAUAUAUCAUUACUUCAUAUCAGCAAAGAACUGUACUACAUUCUGCUACGACACAACUGCGUGUACCAAAUACUCAACCAUUUUUGUUUGGCCUGUUCAUUAUUAGAUGUCACUAGUAUUACUUUGUUAUCAUGCAUUCAUAUCAUCUUGGAUUCCCCUUGUAAGUUCAUACAUCACGUUUACCGUAUGUUACCAAAAAUACCAUAAUUACCCUGCCCAACAUACUAAAAGCUUUACAAUAGAAUACCGUGCUUACUAUUAGGUUGUUCAAAUAAUUCUGAGCGCUCCCCCUCGCCAACCUUAAAAAAAACGUUUUGAGAAAGGGCACAAAAUUAUUUGAACAAACUAAAGCUCAUACCUAAACUUCAAAAACUAACUUUUUUUAUAUUACAGUAGCCUACAAAAUAGUCUUCACCAUAUGGAUAAUAUCGUCAGCCUUGUCGUUCUGUAGCAAUGCCAUGUUAGUGACAUUCAUUCGUAUCGAGAGUAGUGUCGACAAACUCAUAUUUGUCAUCAAAACCGCCUGUUGUGUCAUGUUCGUAUGGCAGGCCGGUUUCCUGUACCAUUUCCAUAAGACUUUCGUCGACUCGCCCAGCUGCCAUUCCUAUGUCAAGUUCGAUGUGGUUUUGGCCGAAUACGCCGUUUUCAUAUCGUAUUACACGUUCGAACUGACAAAGUUGUACGAUGUGAAGGAUUGUCGACUGAUUAUUUACCCAAGAACUAGUACUGGAGAGUGCACGAAACUGGUACCACAAAACUUCGAUGGUGGUGUGUUUACUGGAGCUGAGGAUUGGCCAUACUAA